AUGACCCUUGUCGGCGAACGGAACGCCAGAGAAUUUCUGCGGGUGUCUUCGUCUCAUUAUCGGCUGUUCCUAAUGGCAACCGCGCCACUUGGAAUUUUCUUAUUGAUGAUGUGUGCGAUUCGCCUUAGCGGACCCCGUAUCCUACGGCGACUCACUGGUCGUGAAGCGGACCCCAAGAGCGAGGCUCUGGUCGAGCUGACGCCGCUGAGUGUAGCUCCCACAACGAGUGUCUACACACAACAUGCUGUGGAGAUUAAGCCAAGUGAGCGGCGUGACGAAGCCGCAUUCGUUUGUGUACAUAUCAAACAGACGGACAGUGUACGAGAAGCGUUGGCAUCUUUCAAGCACAUAUUUCGCUCCAGAGUCGAAAAGUUGAAAGGUGAUGGCGAUGGCAAUGCCAGCACCGAUCAAGAAGACUACGAAAUCGUACUUGGGAUGAAGAGACACCCGUUGACCGCAGAUGAGACGGCGAGGCUUGUAUGGUCCGUUAUAGCGGAGAAUAGGGAGAUCGAAAGAUCGCUAGCCGAGAGCGUCAAGUCAACAUCUCUCAGUUUCCGUGCGACGGGAAUAUGUCCAACUCAAACGGCCGCAAUAGACCGUACCGCGAACCGCAGAGUGAUUUCGAAGCUGCCCAAUCUAGGCAACAUUCUUGCUGGAGUCGGCUCCUGCAUUGCUACGGGCGGAGUCCAACUUGCCGGAUACUACGGGCUGCAAACGGAAAGUACUGGCCUUAAAACACUCGUCAUGGGACUCGUCGGAUACUGUGGUAUUGUAGUUUUUGCAUUCAUACUGCUUUUGAUAAUCAAAGACCAAAUAGAGGUCGACUCUCAAGACCUUCAGCCCAUCUUCGAUGACCCAGGCGUUUUAGGGACCUUCAGAGAUGACGUCCCCAAAUCUCUUCUCAAGACCGUUGCAAUCAUGGAGUACAAGACAGUCAGCUCAAGUGAACCUUCCGAGAGCAUCGGAGAGAAACCGGUCUCGAGCCCAGUACUUGAGGAAGUAUCCCAAUUUCCGUCGCCAACAUUAUCCAAUUCCGAUAGUGAGAAGACGAUGUUGUGCUCGAACGGGAUCAACCGAUCUGAUGAAUUGGAAACCACGGAAGCUUUGACCGAGAGCUGCACUCUAGUUGUUGCAAAACCGAUCCGUCAAUCCCUUCGAAACUGGUCAGGAUGCGAAGACAUAAUGAAAGUGGCUCUCGAAAUGGCAAAACACGUCUGCCAGUCUCAAAAAUUUCGCAACCCUGGUCACCGGCUUGAUAUUUCUGACGUCCCGAGCUUCAAGCGCAUCAUUAGAUUUCGGCUCAUGAUUUACGUGCCUGGUGUUCCAUGGAAAGCCAAUACCGACCUAGACUACAUCGUAACCGAGGACUUCGAUCUCCCUAACCUGUACCGCGACAUCCUCAAGAUAUUCCAUCUGUGCACGGAGGUAAAUGGGACUAUUGUCAGACAUGAGGCUCGGACGAAGGAAGCUUCAGCGGAAGUCAGCAAUGUGCUAUGCGGUCCCCUCCGUCCUGUGACUGAGUCCAAUCUUUCAAACGGCUGCACAAUGACUCUUACCGAUCUACUAAUCGAGCUCCGCAACCAGAACUCUGUAGAUAUGAAAGCCUAUACUUUAGACCAAUCUGUCCUCCUCCCCACAAUCCAAUUAGCAACCAUGUACGAAUCCAACCGCGAUGACCGCAAGAACCUCUUCUCCCGCAUUCAAGAGUUGCAGAAUGGACACACGGACAAGCUCCGCGUGAGUGGCGGCAAACACCUCCCCACUCUGGAAGCCAUCUUCGAAGAACGCAAAAAUUGGCAGCAUUUCAUGACGCCGAAGCCCCCAGAGCCGUUGUCAGGGGCGCUACAGCCGAGAGAUGAGACGAGUGGGCUUCAGGGAAAGCCAGCAAGGAGGAAGGCUACAAUGAGGGAGAAGCGGAAGGUGAAAUUUUAG